ACCAUGACCCAACGCUCCUCUGUCACCAUCAAGUCAGGGGGCUCUCGGAACUUCAGUGCUUCCUCUGCCAGCCUCCUCCCAGGCUGCCGGCCCAGUUUCAGCUCCAUCUCUGUGUCCCAGGGCGGGAAGAGCUUUGGGGGUGGUUUCGGGGGCGGAUUUGGGACCAGGAGCCUCCACAGCUUUGGGGGUAGCAAAAGAAUCUCCAUCAGUGGCGGCUAUCGGUCGGGCCGGGCCAACUUCGGAGGUGCUGGCUAUGGGCUGGGUCUAGGGGGCAUAGGGUACAGGGUUGGGGGAGCCUGCAGCGGCUAUGGAUUUGGAGGUGGGAUGACGACUGGAGCUGGGGGCAUCCAGGAGGUCACUGUCAACCAGAGCCUCCUGACCCCCCUCCACCUGGAGAUCGAUCCAUCCCUCCAGCGGGUGCGGAAGGAGGAGCGGGAGCAGAUCAAGACCCUCAACAACAAGUUCGCCUCCUUCAUCGACAAGGUGCGGUUCCUGGAGCAGCAGAAUAAGGUCCUGGAGACAAAGUGGAGCCUCUUGCAGGAGCAUAAAACCACCAGGGCCAACAUCGAGCCUAUGUUUGAAGCCUACAUCAGCAACCUGAGGCGGCAGCUGGACAGCCUGGGGGGAGAGCGCUCCAGGCUGGAGGUGGAGCUGAAGAGCAUGCAGGACGUGGUGGAGGACUUCAAGAACAAGUACGAAGAAGAAAUCAACAGGCGCACGGUGGCAGAGAAUGAGUUCGUGGUGCUCAAGAAGGACGUGGAUGCUGCCUACAUGAGCAAGGUGGAGUUGGAGGCCAAGGUGGAAGCCUUAAUGGACGAAAUCAACUUUCUAAGGGCUUUCUACGAUGCGGAGCUGGCUCAGCUUCAGGCCCAGAUCUCCGAGACCUCUGUGAUCCUGUCCAUGGACAACAACCGUAAGCUGGACCUAGACAGCAUCAUCUCCGAGGUCAAGGCCCAGUAUGAGGACAUUGCCAACCGUAGUCGGGCCGAGGCUGAGUCUUGGUACCAGAUCAAGUACGAGGAGCUGCAGCGGUCGGCCGGCCGGCAUGGGGACGACCUCCGCUCCACCAAGAUGGAGAUCUCUGAGCUGAACCGGGUGAUACAGAGGCUGCGCUCUGAGAUUGACAACCUGAAGAAGCAGUGUGCCACACUCCAGUCUGCCAUCGCUGACGCAGAGCAGCGUGGGGAGCUGGCCCUCAAGGACGCCAAGCACAAGCUGGCCGAGCUGGAGGACGCCCUGCAGAAGGCCAAGCAGGACAUGGCGCGGCAGCUGCGCGAGUACCAGGAGCUGAUGAACGUCAAGCUGGCCCUGGACAUCGAGAUCGCCACCUACCGCAAGCUGCUGGAGGGCGAGGAGUGCAGACUCACAGGAGAAGGUGUCGGACCCGUGAACAUCUCCGUGGUCUCCUCCUCGGGGGGCUCAGGCUACAGCAGCGGCGGUGGCCUCUGCAUGACCGGGGGCGGCCUCAGCUACGGCAGCAGCGGAGGCAGCUUCAGCUCCACCAGCGGCCGCAACAUGAGCGGCAGCACCUCCAGCAUGCGCAUCAUUUCCAAGACCUCGUCCACCAGGAGCUACAGGAGCUAA